CCGGGCCCGGGCUGUCGUUCCACCUGCUGUGGCUGUGGGUGGGGAUCGGCGGUGGGGGGUGAGCAGAUGGAAGAGGACUGCACUUACUGCUCUUGACAACGCCUGGAUUGGAUUUUGUUCCACCUAGAGAGUAGGAGUCGAUUAGGAAGUUGAAUUGCUGGAUCGCCGCAGUGCGCAGGCAGCUACGGAAUCUGGAGUUGCUUCGAGUAUUUGGGGAUUGUGUAUCGCAGAUUGAAGAGUUGUGUGCUGCUCCAGCUUCGCCGAAGGUGCUACGAACUGGGAUAUGGUGUAUGAGAACGAAUUUGGCUACCUUUCUGGAGAGCUGGUUGAACUAUCCUGCCAGAGAUUUAGUCAAGUGGUUGAUUUGUGAGAGGCGGCACGAUGUCGCGGUGCUUCCCGUUCCCGCCGCCAGGGUAUGAGGCAAGGCUGAGGAGUGAAGACAAGGAUCUGCUGAAAAAGGAAAAGCGCAAGGAGAAGAAGCACAAAAAGGACAAGCACAGGGAAAAAAGAGAAAGAAAAGAAAAGAAUAGAGAUCAUAGGAAAGAUAAGCGCAACAAGAAGCACAAAAGAGAGAAACGUAGAGAGAAGAGAAAGAACAGGGACAGAGAUAAAGACAAAAGUCAAACUUUGGAACAAGAAACUCAGAAGAAUUAUGACCUUGGCAAUAGAAAGCCUGGAGAAAGAGUACAGAAUGAAGCAGUCAAACAUAUUAAACCUACAGAUGAGUUGGUUACCCAAAUUUUUGGUCAUGCAAGCCACAAAUGUAAUAAUGCUAGAGAGUUGCUCCAUGGGAGCACUGAUAGCAUUGGUGCUACAGGUUCUAAAGAGAAGGAAUGGAAUUCUCUCAGUAGAAUGGUCAAGAAAUCUGCACAGGCAACACAAGACAAUCAUGGGAUGGUACAAAAGAGUGAUAGUAUCCCUCAUGCCAAUAAAAAAGGAAUGAGAAGGGGUGUUGAUUCUAAAACUAGAAUAAAGAAUGGGAAGAGCCUUCAAGUUGGGUCUCCUGAAAAGCAUUCCAGUAGAAAGCCCAAUUGUAAUGGAGUAGACCUGCCGCAGGAUAAUUCGGAUACACAAAGAAGAUCUGAAGGCGGACAUAUUACUAGCACAGUUGUAUCAGCUGCAGGGAGACAAGCAAAUGGCAGAAUUACGCCAAGCCCAGAUACUUUGCAGAUAGCAGAAGAAAUGGGACAGUAUCCAGAGAUUUCUGCCCAUUCUGCAAAUGGGAAAAGUGACAGAAUUAGCACCAAAGGUAUGAUGGGGAAGGAAAAUCAAAGUGCUAACAAUUGCCAUGGCAAGAUGGAUCAGCAAUUCGUACGAAGUAAAGAUGGAGCAGUUGAAGGGAAGGCAAAAACUGAAGAGUUAAGAACUAAUUAUUGUAAGGGUGUUAAAGGCAAAGAUAGAGACCUGGGUGUAAAGAAAAGAAAGACCGAAUACAAAACUAAACAGAAGGAAAUGAAGAAAAAUGGUAAUGUAAAUGAGCAGAAACACGAAGAUCUUGGUGCGCUUGGUGCAAGCAAGAAUAAAGUAGAUGAUCUGAUGCACUUGGCCUGUCUUAAUGAGCAGAAGUUUGGUUCUGACGAUAUCAAGAAAAGAAAAGGCUUGGAUGCUAAUAGGUCUCCACAUCGUGAGUUCCUUUUCUCUCCCUCUCCCUUUCUUUUUUAUGAACACAGCAUGAGAACGGCUAAGCUGCCAAGGAUGUCUCCUACCAAUCUUACUUGUAUGGAUGAGGAAAUAUUGCAGCGUUCUCAGGGCAUCACAACUUAUUCUGCUACAGAACUAGUUGGCACAAAUACUUGCAAUAUAGAUCAGCAUAAGCCUCAAGGUAGCUAUAACAUCACUGGCCCUCAUUAUUCGGAGGAACACAUAGCUUCAGUUUCUCCAUCUGGUUAUGAGAGUAACAAAGGUUAUCUGAAGCAACCUCACCCUGAUACCAAGUAUCUGAGCCAAGUGCACUCCAUACCUUCAACGGAGGACUUUCCAGAGUACAUUGAUCAGGACUGGCUGUUCCCUGAGGAUCAUGUUGAGUGGAAAACAGCGAAAUCUGAGGCUGCAGAAUCGUGCCAAGUCUGGUCUGAUGCACAGCUGAUUGAUACUGCUGGUGUAGUUGCUUUGCCUUACGUUGUUCCUUUGUGAUGGCACUCCAGUGACACAUGGCGAAUCGGCAACUGCAAUUUGAGUUAUGAUCUGAAGGCGCAGAAGAUGGGUUCGCCUGAUUGGUUUGCAGCUAUAUUGUGCUGCACAUCAGGUUCAGUUCAUUCUCUAGCAAGCUCUUUGUUGGAAGUGUUGUUGUCUGUGCUGUAUCAUACCAUUCUGUACGAAACGAACAAUUGGAUUGAGCUGCAAGUGUUUUACUGAUUUUGAUUUGUGAUAUGUAAAUUGCUCUCGUACAGAAUGUAUACAGGGGAAAGGAAGCGAAACAUGGAAAAUAGCACAUAUUUGAAAGUCUA